AUGCCAACGCGAUGUUGGAGCUUACAUAUGCUCUACCCCCGUCACGCAUGGAUGAUGGUGGUUUGGGCUAUCCUGCUGUCGCUAUGGGUAACUCUAGCACAGGGGAUGAGAAAUGACCAAAUUAAAGAUCUCCGGCAAGAAACUGAACGCAUGUUCUACCAUGGCUUUCAAAACUAUCUUACGCACGCCUUUCCCGAAGACGAAUUGCGCCCAAUUAGCUGCCGUGCCCUCACUCGUGAUCAGACUAAUAAUGACCACAAUGAUGUCCUCGGCAAUUAUUCCUUGACCUUGAUUGACAGCUUAUCGACCCUUGCAAUCCUAUCUUCGAGCCCGGAGAGUGGUGAUCAGGCUUUGGCGCAUUUUCAAAAUGGUGUGGAAAGCUUUGUCAGACUAUACGGAGAUGGGUCACCAGGUCCUGCUGGACAGGGUGAGAGGGCAAGGGGAUUUGAUAUUGAUAGCAAGGUGCAGGUGUUUGAGACUGUGAUCCGAGGACUUGGCGGACUGCUGAGCUCCCACCUUUUCGCCGUCGGUGAACUUCCUAUUACCGGAUACCAACCCUCAGAACAAGAGGCUGCCUUUGCAAGCGCAUGGGACAAAAGCAGCUUCUCAGACAAAGACCAUGGUAUUCCGUGGAAUAACGGCUUUGUCUACGAUGGCCAGCUUCUGCGAUUGGCAGUUGACUUGGCGGACCGUCUCCUCCCUUCAUUUUACACGAAAACAGGUCUUCCAUAUCCGCGAGUGAAUCUAAGACAUGGAAUUCCGUUCUAUGAAAAUUCGCCUCUCAAUUUUAAGAAGCCUAGUUCAAAGAACGGCCAAAAAUCACAAUUUGCAUAUUUGACGGAAAUCACAGAGACUUGUAGUGCCGGUGCCGGUAGCCUGGUCCUCGAAUUUACAGUAUUGAGCCGGCUCAUUGGGGACGGUCGGUAUGAAGAGUUGGCCAAGAGGGCAUUUUGGGCAGUUUGGUCUCACCGAAGUGAAAUUGGCUUGAUUGGAUUUGGCAUUGAUGCCGAGUCGGGAAAAUGGGUUGGAUCCUACGCGGGGAUUGGCGCUGGUAUCGACAGUUUCUAUGAAUACGCGUUCAAGUCCCAUGUUCUGCUCUCCGAGGGAGAGAGGCCCCCCUUCAAUCCAAAUAGCCCAUGGAAGUCUCUGGAUAACCAUUACACUCCUUUGACCGAGUAUCAUCACUCUGCCUAUGCCUUCCUUCAGGUCUGGGAAGAUUCACACAGCUCCAUAAACCGCCACCUAUACCGAGGUGAGGGAUAUCAGCAUCCCCAUCUCAUUGUCGGUGAUUUCAUGACCGGCGCUACUAGAGCCUUUUGGAUCGAUAGCCUGAGUGCAUACUAUCCAGGGCUUCUGGCAUUGGAUGGCAAGCUGGAUGAAGCUAUACAAAUUCAUUUGCUGACCACUGCGAUCUGGACUCGUUUUUCCGGCCUACCAGAGCGGUGGAAUGUGGCUACCGGUGAUAUCGAUAAUGGUCUUUCUUGGUACGGAGGUCGGCCAGAAUUUAUCGAGUCCACGUACUAUAUCUACCGAGCAACACAAGAUCCCUGGUACUUGCAUGUGGGAGAGAUGGUCCUCCGCGAUAUCAAACGACGAUGCUGGACUAAAUGCGGAUGGGCAGGCUUGGGGAAUGUCCAGACUGGUGAAAUGAUUGAUCGGAUGGAGAGCUUCUUCCUAGGGGAAACUGCCAAGUACAUGUUCCUUCUUUUCACACCGCAGCAUCCCUUGAAUCAUCUAGAUGCGCCAUGGAUCUUUAAUACGGAGGGUCAUCCUCUGAUUAUUCCAAAGAAAACCAGAGUCGCUCCUCUCCGUCGUGGACAGUCACCUUCAGUUCCCAAUUUCGCCGGCAAUACAUGCCAGGCAAUCCCUAUACCAUCAACCUUUGGGGGAUCAGUAACUGCAUCGCGAUCUGAUAUUUUCCACGCUGCUAGCUUGGCUCGUUUACAUCUCCGGCCUCAGAGUAGCGCUCAAGGUCCUAUCUUAUCUCAGUCACCUGAACAUUCAAGUGUAUCUGUAUCCGAUCUGUCAUCGCCGAGUAACUAUACAUUCUAUCCGUGGACGCUGCCUCCACACUUUGUGCCAUCCGACGCUACCAGCUCACCAAUGGUCAUUCGUCCAACACUUGACAUUUCCUUCCCAACUAUACCCGGUGGACUCAACCUAGGCCCGGGAGCUUUAGAACGAGUCCAAGAUGGAAUUUUCAUCAAAGCCAUUGGGGGUCUUCGAUUCAGCAUGAUUCAAGAUGUUCCACUAGGCGACCAGGCAGACAAGAACGAGGAUGGAUACCGGGUGCAAGUGAUUAACAAUGUGCCUCUGGGCAAAGAUGAGAAGGUAUAUCUUUCACGCCAACUUACAUUUGACGUCGUUGAUCCAUAUGACCCGCACUUCACCCGGAUCCGCGACACCACUGUGCUCGAUCUCGUCAUUGACGCUCUCCCAGAGAUCUCUCGCCGACGAAAUGGCUCAGCUUAUCCAAGAACUGAAGCAAAAACUGCAGACGAUUCGCAGAAUCCACAGUCACACCUCCACGGUAGCAAGCCCGUCGCCAACCCCGUCGUUGAAUCCCCUAUGAAGACCAUGCUAUCGUCCCUGGUAAACUCAGUGUCCUCGCUACUCCGCGAUGACACCAACCAACCAGCUCCAAUUCGCCUGAGCCUCCCAGCUACCAUUCCCACGGGUGUCGGGGCAGCCCCACUCCCUGAAGUCGACGACGCUACCACCGUACCUCUAUUCGGCAGCCAGCCAACGACCCAUCUCUCAUGGUCAACGAUAUACUUCGCCGACGAACUUUGCAACGAGCGCAUCCUUCGCGACAUAGUCCAGACGCACGAGGUGCUAGUAAUCAAACGCGGCAGCUGCACAUUCUCUCAAAAACUACGCAACAUAGCCGCAUACCGGCCCGGACGUGCAGCAUUGAAACUUGUCGUUGUAGUCUCCUACGAUGUAACCCCUGAAGAAGCGAAGAUUGAAGAAGAGUUAUAUGACGAUGAGAACCCCGAACCAGUCCCUCAUCUCGCUGCCCUACGCGCCGAGUCAACCUUGAUUCGACCCCAUAUUGACGAAAGCCAAAUAACCGCUAGUGGUAUCCCGCGCAAUAACCCCGUCAGCAUGGUCAUGGUUGGUGGUGGCGAUGAGACAUAUGAGCUUCUUCGUACUGCAACUGGUAUCGGGAUCAAGAGGCGGUAUAGGAUGCGAUCUCAGGGUGUGCCUAUCACCAAUUUGUAUAUCAUUUAA